CAGCAAAUAAAUUUUUGACAGUGACAAAACAGAAUCUGAAGUUCAUUUAGCGAAGCGUAAUUUUUCAUAUUGUGAUUGUUACGUAAAAACAUAACAUGUUUCAAGUGAUUUCUCGUGCAGCGAGUUUAUCUAAAACUCCGCUGUCCAGGUCCCUGCCAGCAUUCUCAACAUCAGCACGUCUCGAUUGCAAAGAUCCCAUGCGCCUCCAUGAGGCGCCUAUGAUUGACUCUGAUGUUGCCACAUCUACCCCUGAUGAAUUACGUCAAAGGCAUCUUUUGGAAUCAACCAUAAAGGUUCCUGUAAAGGUGGAUUUAACACCUGUGAGUGGAGUUCCCGCGGAGCACAUUUAUACACGCCGUGUGCGAAUCUACCAACCUCCCAAGAAUGCUAUGCAGAGCGGUACCAACAACAUUCACCACUGGGAGAUGGAGUUUGAUAACCGUCAACGCUGGGAAAACCCUUUGAUGGGCUGGACAUCCACUGGAGAUCCACUUUCUAACAUGAAAGUGCAAUUCAAGUGCCCAGAAGAAGCCAUUGAACUUUGCGAGAAAAAUGGAUGGAACUGGUUCCUUGAUGUUCCUAAAGUUAAGAAGCAGUUCAAACCUAAGAACUAUGGAGUUAAUUUCUCAUGGAACCGCCGCACCAGGGUCUCCACCAAGUAAUGAUGUUAGUACAUUUUUCCAAUUGUGGUUAUUUUACAUAGACACUUCUUAUUAUACUAGUGAACUUAUUUAAUAUAAUGAUUUAAUUUCAAAUUUAUUUUUCAUUUUGUAUGUUGGUUAACCUAAAUAAAUAGUUGCUGUUGAA